AUGGGUUCCCUUUUCCAAGACCGCGCCUGCACCUGCCCUGAACUUCAUGUCGGCCUCGACUCUCCCACACCACAACAGCCCUUCCGUCUGCUCGUCCUCGGCGGCGGCUACGGCGGUUUGUCCGUCGCCCUCAACCUGCAGGACCUGUGCCGUGGGCAGGCCCCGCGGUGCGGGCCUGCGCCGGAGGAGGGUGCUCCGGUUGUCGAGAGGCCAAGAUUUGAGGUCGAGAUUGUGAUUGUGGAUGAGAGGGAUGGGUUUUUCCACACAAUCGGCGCUCCCCUCGCCCUCGCCUCCGAAGACUUUGCUUCUAAAUUCUGGAUCCGCUACGACGAGAUCCCCGCCCUGCGCUCGCCUAACAUCAGGGUUCUGCACGGCAGCGUGAAGAGUGUCGACCCCGAGCGCAAGGUCGCCACAUACCUGCCUUAUGCUGGCACAGAAGAGAAGCAGCUAGAGUAUGACUUUCUGGUGGCCGCCACAGGUCUGCGCCGUGCCUGGCCUGCUGUCCCGCAGAGUCUGAGAAGGAAGCAAUAUCUUUUUGAGAUGGGGGAUCAUCUCAGGAGUAUGACGGGGCGCAAGAAGGGGGUAGUGGUUGUCGUUGGUGGGGGCGCCGUCGGCAUCGAACUGGCCUCAGAGCUCAAGACCCUCCAUCCCCAUCUACACGUCAUCCUCGCACACUCCCGCUCACAGCUCCUCUCCAACGAGCCGCUUCCAGACGAGGUGAAGGAGCGUGCGCUGGAGCUGUGCCGUGAUGCUGGGCUCGAGGUGCUUCUCAAUCAUCGCUUGGAACGUUCUGAGCCUGUCAAGGGCGAAGCCGGCAAGGUGACGGGCGCUGUCGAGGUUGUUUUCACGAAUGGGAAGACUAUCGUGGCGGACCGGGUGGUCAUGGCUGUGUCGAGGAGCAGUCCGAAUACGGGAUUUUUGCCUAGGGAAGCGGUGGAUGAAGAGGGGUUUGUUAAGGUACAGGGGAGCCUGCGCUUCUCCCCCUCUACAAUCCCCAACAGCACCCACCACUACGCCAUCGGUGACAUCGCCCUCUGGUCCGGCAUCAAGCGCUGCGGCGCCGCCAUGCACAUGGGGUACUACGCGGCGCAUAACAUCCACCAGACGAUGCAGCAGAUCGUGCAUGGAAAGCAGGAAGAAGAGCUGCUGGAGCUCAAGGAAAUCCCUCCCAUGAUCGGCCUGGCUGUUGGCAAGCAGGCGGUCGCGUACUGGCCGGAGAACGGGAUGAUUUAUGGAGAGAAGGUGUUGAAGGACUUUUUUGGAGAGGACUUGGGGUUUACGAUCUGCUGGAACCACAUGCGUCUUGGAGAGGAGGGGAAAUGA